GAGGGUUUUGGCAAUCCGAGAGAGAGAGAGAGAGAGAGAGAGAGAGAGAUUGGGAGGAGAGAGAAAAUAGAGGGUAACGUCCGAAACAACGAUUGGUUUACGAGAAAGAAAGGGAGAAAAAUGGGGUAGGGAGGAUAUUACCAUCCGUAAAGUGUCGUGAUUGAUGUGAAUUCUUAUCCUUAUGAGAUCUGUGCUCUUUGAAUUCUCCGACAAUUCUCCGAUCUUUCAUGGGCUCCGCGUAAAUUCGUUUGAAUGUUUCGGGAGGGAAACUCGCACUACUGGUGAAUACAGAGGAAGACAGAAAUUAUUGGGGCGAAAUUGGGAUUUUUCAUGCAAAUCAGAGAAAGGUCUGAGAUUCAUGCUUCGACCUCUGAAAUCUUACAGGGUCUCUUGUUAUUACAGAGUCGGAGCUUGGUCAUGCUGUGUUAAUGUGCAUGAGCUUCUCUUAGAAUUUGAGAGAUUUUUGAGAAUGCUAGAGUUUGGCAUUUGAGUUUAUGGUAUGUUCUCCGCGAUAUGGUGUUGCAGAACAGGUUAGGAUAUGGUUUUAAUGGCUAUCAGGUGCCCCCCACACCUCGAGCUACCAGAUCACCUAGGAGGGGCUCGAUUAGGAAGAAAGUUGAUGACAAUCAAAUGUGUGCGUUUGACUUAUUGGCUACUGUAGCUGGCAAGUUGUUGUUGGAGGGACAAGUUUCUCCUAGUUCUAGUAAUACAUUAACUGGAAAAGAACCCUGUGCAGUUGCAAAAGAUUCAAUUAAGAAAGAGCAGCUGGAUGACGAUAGUGCUUCGAAAGUGGAACCUUCUAACCUUGUCUCCAGAGCUCCUGAUCUACAUUUUAGUACAAAGGAAUUUCCAGUUGCUCAUAUUGAUGAUUGUUCCGUACUUGCAUCUGUAAUUACUUCUUCCGAUUGCUCAGAAAAGAUUGGUUGUGCUGAAAAGUUGGUUAAUGACGAAAGCAAGAUUCAACCUGGGAGCAGCAAAGUGGAGCCGCUAAGGGCACGAAAUGCGUCAGAUGUUACCAAGGCAUAUAUGUGCACUUUGGACGAGCUGGCGGUUAGAUACAGGAAACCUCCUGCUCUAAUUAGUCAAGAGAACAGUGUGAAAGUGCCUCUAGGCACUGGUCAUGUUUCUUUCCCUGCAUGUCGGGAUGUUGUAAAUAUAGCUGUUAGAGAUGAUGACGAAAACUCUUCUGGGUGCACUCAACCCAGCACCGCUAAAACGACCUUCAGGCCAUCACCACGCAUUGGUGACCGUAGAAUAAGGAAGAUAUUGGCAUCCAAAUUUUGGAAGGCAGCUCCAAAAUUGAAGGAUGGGGAAUAUUUUACUGCUGAAACAAAGCCUGCCUACCACAAUAGGAAGAAUUGUUACAAACGUAAAAGGUCUCUGAGGGAUUAUCCAUUGAAGAAAAGGAUACUGUAUGAUGGUCGCUCAUUAUCAAAUUCUGAUGGAGGGAUAACUAGUGAGGGCAUAUCUAGUUCGCCAAGGAAAGGGUUUAGUUGUGAUGCUUCUGGUUCUGGUGCAACACUGCAUGGAGCCUUUGGGACAACAUCUGGUGUAGCAAGCCGACACACACCCUUCCAGUCCCGAGAUUCACAUGUGAAGCUUAGAAUCAGGUCUUUUAAGGUUCCAGAGCUUUUUAUUGAGAUUCCAGAAACUGCAACUGUUGGUUCUCUAAAGAGAAGUGUUUUGGAGGCGGUGAAUGCUAUAAUGGGGGGUGGACUACGAGUGGGUGUCCUCCUUCAGGGAAAGAAGAUUAGGGAUGAUAAUAAAACUCUACUCCAGACUGGAUUAGCUCACGACAACAAGCUUGAUGCUCUUGGUUUCUCCCUAGAGCCUACUGUUUCACAAGCUCCCCCACCUCUGUGUAAUGAAGAUCACCCCUUGCUACUCAGCUGCAAUGCACCUCAGCCACUAACUAGGUACCCGCCUGCACCUAGUGUAGUUCAUAACAUAGUUGAACAGAGCGCUGCUGAUGCCUUACCAGAUCCUCCUUUGACAAGUGUGGGCAGCUUUGUUGAAAGCGAUCAUGACUCGGCACCCUCUCCUCCUGACAUGUCAGAUAAAAGCCCAAUGGACUCCAGAGCAUUGGCCGCCAUUCCAGAAAUGGAUGCGGAGGCAUUGGCUGUUGUACCCAUGAGGAAAUCCAAGCGAUCUGAGGCUGUGCAGCGCCGAAUUCGUCGACCUUUCUCUGUUUCUGAAGUGGAAGCGCUGGUUCAUGCUGUUGAGAAGCUUGGAACUGGAAGAUGGCGCGAUGUUAAACUGCGAGCUUUUGAUAAUGCAAAGCAUCGAACUUAUGUGGAUUUGAAGGAUAAAUGGAAAACACUGGUGCACACAGCAAGAAUAUCCCCACAGCAAAGGAGGGGUGAGCCCGUGCCCCAAGUGUUGCUAGACCGUGUCCUUGAUGCCCAUGCUUACUGGUCCCAACAGCAAGCCAAGCAACAGCUCAAACAGCAGUCCGACACUUGCCUCCUCCUCUGAUAGCUUCUUCACCAAUCAAGCACUCACGGUAAAUAGUGGAUGGCGUUCAAAGUGGCGUGUCCUCAUGUAAAAAGCUAGUCAUUCCUAUAUUCUAGCUCUCAGCGGCGAUUCUUUCCCUAUGUGGAGAGAGAUUGGCGCUUGUAAAUGCUUGACAGAAUAAGAGCUUGCUAACUGUAUUUUUUGAUGCCAACCUCUUGGCAUUUUUGUUGUUCAUUUGAUGGUUUGUUUUUGUUUUUUGGGGAUUUUUCUUUACGUAUCUGUACAUUGUUUGAUUCUAACUUUUUGUAAUGCUUGCCAAGUAUCAGUACUACGAAUUCAUUGGCUUCCCAACA